CUUGCGCGCAGCCUCGCAUCAUCGAACCCUCGACGUGCCCGCGCUGCCUCUCGCCUCCUCUGCUACGCGACGGUUCCCAGUACACGCGCCGCGUAUCUCAUUAUUCAUCGUUUUUUUUCGCCCUUCGCUGCGAUGUUUCGCAAAAUAAUUCAUUGUCGAUAAACAUUCCGUGGAAUACGCUGGUGCUGUCUACUCGCUGUUGAGCUUUGACGGUCCUGCUGAUCGCUGAGAGUAUAAAGAAAAGCUGGAGAUGUCAGAUUUUGACGAAUCAAUGAAUGAUGACGCGAACCACGAUCGGCUGCACGUUGACUUGAGUUUGGGAUGCAAAGUAAGGCGAAGCAUAACAAAGGUGAAAAGGAGCUUACAGCGGAUGACGGAGGAUUCCACCGACGAGGACGAGGAUGACAUCAUGGCUCGACGAUUACUGCAGAUACCACGCGAGAACCUGGCCUCUCUCAGUUGCCGCACGGGAUUCAGCAGCGACGAGGUUCGCCGACUCUACCGUGCUUUCAAGCAGCAGGCUGAGAAAAAAAUCAUCGAGCGUCGGCAAGCUAAAAAUACAGCAGGCAAAGGAAAUAAGCCGUUUCUGAGAAAGUUAGCCGGAAAGAGAAGAUAUGAGGACGUAAGCAAGAUUUAUUCGGCUGAUCCUCAGUGCCCAAAUGGAGUAGCUACGACCAAGGACCUAACGCCCGCCUACGCGAAACUCUUUCCGCUAGGAGACUCUCGCAAGUACGCGGAAAUAGUUUUCAACAGCUUCGAUGAGGACAAAGAUGGCCUAGUCAGUUUUGGCGAUUUGCUCACAGGCUUGGCCUCAAUCGUAAAGGGAGACGCCGAUCAAAAACUUUCUUGGAUUUUUCGAUUAUACGACCUGAACGGAGAUGGCUGCAUCACGAGACACGAGAUGAUGACAGGUGUCUCAGCGAUUUACGAGAUGGUCAGAAGCGCUCAGGUGAUCGAUUGUGCGGUCGAGAGGCAUGUCAACAGGCUCUUUGAGAAGAUGGACCUCAAUCGAGAUGGUGUUAUAUCACGUGACGAAUUUCUCGAUACUUGUAAAAAUGACGCGGUUAUUUUUAACCAAUUGAAGAUGUUCAACGAUUUGCAGUAUUAAUGGGCGUAAACAAUUUUUAGAAUACAAUGUUACCUCGAUGUGUAGAAUUUCAUGUGAUUGGGUUUUUGUAUAAGGGAGUAAUUAAUUCUACUAAUAUAAUAAAAAUGCAAUGUAUUUAUAUGUAUGAAAUAAUGUGAAAUUGAGUAAAUUACUUGGGUUGUUAGCGGUAAACCUAUGGGUGUAUGUAACGUCCAGACAUCCCUUUAAAACAAAAAUGCGUCAUCUAUAUAUUUUAUAAUGUCUCCAUUUAUUGUAAUUCAAUUAUUUUUAAAUCACUGAAAAGCUGAUGGUAUCAAUUUCAUACAUUUUUAUUAUAUGUUAAGAAAAUUUAUAAGUAGACUAGAAUUUUUAGUAUUCACAUUUCAUGUCAUUCCUAAAAUUUAAAUUAUCAUAAUAAGCCGAAUUUAUUA